UUCAGUCACUGGUUUGUUAGCGUGAGUUAAUGGUUUUUAUCAAAAGUUGAAAUUUUUCUUAAAAAAUGACAGAAAUUCACCGAUUUUUUGCCGUCUUCAUAAAAUUCCUUGUCAUCUCACAGUUCACCGUUUUAGCCGUUGUCGAAGGACUUCAGUACGGUCUGCCUCGUCGAGCUUACGUAGAGACGGAGAACGGUCCUCUAAUCGGUGGCGUGGCUUUGUCCCGAGACGGAAAUCAGUACUUUCAAUUUCUAGGAAUCCCUUAUGGACAAGUUCCUGAAAGAUUCGGGUUAUCAGUGUCUCCCGUACCUUGGAGGAAUGAGCCGAAAGAAGCGAUAGAAUUUGGACCGGCCUGCAUUCAAAUUAACGAAUUUACUGGACAGGUUUCCGGAGAAGAAGAAUGUCUUUUUCUGAACGUGUAUACACCGGAUCUUCCCUUCCGAAACAACAGUGUUUCCCUCCCCGUCUUGUUUGUCAUCCACUCGGGGGGAUUUUCACUCGGAGAUGCAAAAAACGUGGACCCCUCGUACCUCAUGGAUGAGGGUGUGGUCGUCGUCACGGCGAAUUAUCGUCUCGGCGCGUUCGGCUUUCUGAACACGGGGAAUGCCGCUGCCCGUGGAAAUAUGGGAUUAAAAGAUUUAAUCCUCGCGUUAAAAUGGGUGUCAAAAGAAAUUGCAAACUUUGGCGGAGACCCGGAACGCGUCGUAGUCGAGGGAAGUAGCAGUGCAAGCUUUGCAGCGUCUUAUCUCACAAUUUCCCCCAUGGCGAAAGGGCUGAUAUCCGGUGCAAUUUCUCACUCCGGAUCUGCCCUUUGUCCUUGGACGAGGCAAUUUAAACCGGGGAUGGCUCUAGCAAACGCUAAAAAGUUAGCAGUUGCGGUCGAUUGUCCUUCAAAUAAUCCGACCUAUUUAGUAAAAUGCUUGCAAAGAUUGGACACCAGGGUCAUCUUGGAAGCUACAGUGCCAGCAGAUUCGGUGUUGUUUAACGCAAGCUAUCCACAAUUUGGGCCAAGUUUGGAAACUUAUAUGACCGACGAUGACACAUUUUUAAAUGAAGAACCCUUCACUCUCCUUGCAAGAGGAGCUUUCAAUAAAAUUCCAUACAUUUUAGGACUCACGUCCAACGAAGGACUUUUGCUUAAUGCGGCAGGCGUCCUAUCCGACGAGAAGUUGAUAACACGUCUCAACACUGAAUGGGGUCGAGUUGCCCCCAAUACAUUCAUCUAUGAAGAAUACGCUCGCGAUCCUUGCACCGUUUCUGCGGAAAUUUCGCAGUUUUAUUUCGCCAAAAGGAAUAUUUCCAGAGCAGAUUCACCCCAGUUGUCAGCUGCAUAUGGGGAUCGUUGGUUUAACAAAUGUACUCGCGACAUGGCCGCGUUAUACUCAAUUUAUGCCCCGGUUUACAUGUACAACUUUACUCGAACUGGGUCACACAGCUUGGUCGAUCAUUUUGAUUGGUAUUCAGCUGAAGAUAAAAAUAAGCCUCCAUCACACGCGGAUGACAUGCAGUAUUUGUUCAAAAGUCCAAAUCUCUUCCCGGAAAUCAGUUCAAAGUCGAACACUACGAGUGAGCCUUCUUCCAGUGAUUACAACUUUUCAAAGAAAUUCGUGAAAAUGUUCACCUCUUUUGCGGAAACGGGACGGCCGGAAUGUUCUUUAUGCUCCGAGCAAGAGAACGGAUGGGUCCCAGCCUUGACUUCGAAUGCGUACAGAGACGAUUUUAAUGCCAGACCAAACUUCCAAUGGUUGCGGAUUGAUGACACUUCGAAAAUGGAGUUUGAACAUGCCGAUUUCAUUAGUAGGAUGGACUUUUGGGAUAAUUUGGGUUUAACUGACUAUAAUAUUGUGAACGUAUCGGGAGAUGUUAUCAAUCCACCGCCAACAUCGUCACCAACAAUGACUCCACCAAGUGCUCGAAUUGGACUUGAUUUCAAUAGUACAGAUAUGACCGGUAUUACUGAAACGACACAAGCUGCGUCUUAUCUGCCGGCAUCGUCUUAUCCACCUCAAACUGUUCCUACCACCCAGAAUUGUCCCUGUAAUACUACCACCACAACGGACAACCAAAUAACAUGCUUGCCUUGUAGUAGUAGUUUAACCGAGGAGAUUACGACUUUUUCUGCUACCUCGCCUCCCACAACGGCUGUGACUUAUUCGUACUCGUCGUCCCCCACGAUCUACUCUACGUCAUCAUCCUCGCCAUCGCCCCCCACGACCCCGAACUCGCCCCCCACGAUAGCAACCUCACCCUCCACCCCCACGAACCAGUACUUCCCUCCCACGACAUCACCUUCACCCUCCACAACCACACCCCCUCAAUUUGACACAACUCCUUCGCCAUCAAUUCAAUCGCGAUCGUCUCCAAGUUCUCAAAUCACCGCAACGCCACAAAAUUACACAGACGUGAAAGUUAAGACGCUCGCGUUUCAACUCAACACGACAAUUUUCCUUUCACUAAUGUUCCCACAACAUAACAAUUCCAUGAUACAAACGAGUAUAUCUAACGUUCCGUUUACAAUACAGCGACAAUAGUGAAGGCUUAAAAUAAAUGGAAACAUUUUCAUAGCCCUUGAGGAAUUCUACGUAUUUGUUUCCUCUCCAAUAAUUUGUUUGGGUGGUAAUUUGAUACGCUAAAGUUAAAAAUAUCCUAAAUUUCUAUCCAUUUAUGUCCAAAUAUAGAUUUUAAUAAAAGAUAUAUGCAUUUUUAUCUAGA